AUUUAUUGACGUUAAAUAUUUAAUUAAAAUCUAAAAUUAGUGGAGAAAAUUCAAUGAAAUUGUAAUAAUAAAAAUUAUUUUCUUCAGAUAUUUUUGUGGUUAAAUUGUCGAUUGACUUUUGUCUCGCCUGUCGUUUUUAAAGAGACAGCAAAUAAAAAACAUGGCAGCGUGGAGUAAUAUUCUUCGUUCUACUGGAGAAAAAGUCCUUCGAAUUGGAUCAAUUUCCACUAAAAAUGCCGUCCAAACGUUACAAAAACGAGAAAUGGGACAUGGACCUAGAGUUUUUCGUAUUGAACCAACACGAUGGCAGUGGAACAAGUGCAAGGACAUGCUUCAUUUUUAUACAGCUUUAGGAGUAAUACCCUUGUCAAUACUGACAUUUGUUGUUUAUGUUUUUGUUGGUCCAGCGCAAUUAGCGGAAAUUCCCGAAGGAUAUGUGCCAAAACAUUGGGAAUACUAUAAGAAUCCAAUUACAAGAUUUAUUAUGAAACAUUUCAAUGAAUCACAUCAAGAAGUUUACGAGAGAACAAUGCACAUGAUGUAUGAAGAAACAAGAAGGGGAGAAAUCACAGGACUGCAAAAUCGUAUUAAAGAAUUAAUUAAACAACGUAAAGAUUAUCAAGAAUAUUACUAUAUUCCCUAUAAUGCUGAGAGAAUCUACGAGAAGCGUGAAUUAAAUGAAUUUAUUGAAGAACCAUUACACGAAAUAGACGAAGAGGAUAAGCAAAAAAUGCGAGAGGGAAAAUACGGUCGAAAGACGAAUUUGUAAGAAGAGAAUUCGAGUGAAAGAAGAGAAAUAAAGUCUAAUUAAUUAGUAGCGAAAAUAAUUGAUGAAUUUAAUUAGUGAAUACAAUUUAAUUGCUGACUUUAUGGGAAAUUUGAAGUAAUUAAUUAUUGCUAAUUUUAUCACUUGGAGUAAAUUAAUUACUAAAGCAUAUACAUUAAUAUUAGUAAAUAUCAUUAUUUUCCUAAUUAAUUAAUUAGUAAAACAAUCAAAUAUUAAUUGACACAAAUGGCUUAUCAAUUAGUAGUGAUUGUUAAUUUUACAAUAUAGUUUAAAGAAAAAAAAUUAAUAAUUUUGAAAAUUCAAUUGUUUUUCUCAAUUAUUGUAUAAAAAAAGGAGUAAAUAAAAUCUUGUAAUAUACAUUGUGUAAAUAUUAAA